AUGGCGCCCACCCAGAAGGCGCAUCUAGUCGGAGGGGAAGGCGGAGGCGAUAGCCGGGUCGCUUGCGGUGUCGGGGGGCGGAGGAGGGCGGAAGAGUGUGGCGAGAGGCGCGCGGAGAGCGUGCUGCUGCCGGCGGAGAGGGUGGUCGUGGGCGGCGGCGCAGCAGACGCAGUGAUUGCCACCGUCACGCCCGAGGUGGACCUGACUGCGGCUCCGGCGGAGGCGCAGGCGGCGGAGGAGGCGCAGGCGGCGGAGGAGGCGCAGGCGGCGGAGGAGGUGGCUGGGGCUGCCGAGGGGGAGGUUGGCGGUGCUGCGGCAGCGAUGCCGCUGACGGAGGUGGGUCUCGCUGCCGUGGGCGGCGGGGCGGCGGGAGGGAGUUCGGCGGCGGGAGGCAGCUCCGUGACCGGGGUGGGGGGGGAGGAGGAGGCGGAGACGGAGGAGAAGGUGGCCGGGGAGGAGGUGGCGCAGGAGGAGGAGGAGGAGGUGAGCGACUCGGAGGAGGAGAAGGAGGAGCCGAUGGAGGAGGCGGAGGAGGCGGAGGAGGCGGAGGAGGCGGGGCUGGCGGCGGUGGCGGCGCCAGAGGCGGGCGGCGCGGCGCAGCCCGCAGAGGCGGAGGCGGUGAUGGCGGAGGCGGUGAUAGCGGAGGCGGCCGCGGCGCGAGCGGGCGAGGGGUCGGCAGCGGAGGCGAUGGCAGCGGCGGAGGCGACGGUGACGGUGGCGGCGGCGGACGGCCAGGCGGCUGCCGUGGUGGAGGGGAGCCCGGACGAGAAGGGUGUGGCGUGGUUCACGGCGCAGUCGCUGCCUCACAUCAUCUGCCAUCUCGCGCCACAGCAAGACAACGACUACGACUGCGGCGAGCACACGCCCCCCCCCCGCAGCGCACGCCCCCCGCAGCGCACGCCCCCUCUUCUCGCGACAUGA